AUAUCAGAGAUUAGCUAUCUUUCGUUAAAUAAGAAAAAUAAAUAAGUAGAGUGAAUUUGAGGUUGGUUUGUGCUGUGUUCCAAACUUCAUCCCGUCUGAAGUUUCUCUUGUUUUGUAUUCCAUUCUGUACCUAUGGCUUUUAAAACAUUCACGGCUUCAAUCAAACUGUUGAUAGACCAGGAAAGAAACAAGGUACUUCUUGCUGAAGCUGGGAAUGAUUUUAUUGAUAUUCUCCGCAGCCUUCUUAAGUUGCCGCUUGGAAACAUUGGUCUACUCUUUCGCAAAAAUAAAAGCCUGCUGACCGGUUGCUUGGAUAACCUAAACAACAGCGUCGAGAAUCUGAGCCUCAACAGCUUUCGAACCCAUGCAUGUAAGCGUAUGUUGCUUUAUCCGAGAAGCAUUCAUAAAGACAAGCCAGUCCAGUAUUUUACAUGCAAAAAGAGGGGAUGUGGUUUGUUGAGUUAUUAUGAAACUUCUAGAUGCUCUUGCGGGAAGUUGAUGAAUAGUGAGAUAUAUUUAGAAGAAAUGGAGAGAGAUGGGGUAAAAGAUGAAAAUGAGGGAGGGUUCAGUAAAGUUGAAUCCAGGUUUUUCAUCACUGACGAUUUAAGAGUGAUGAAAGGAUUACCAGGUGAUCUCAUUCAAUUCCUUAAUAAGUUGGGUAUCAAGGAUGUUAAUAUGAAUGCUGUCAAAGAACUUGAAAUUGGUUCAAAAGAGAUAUUUAAUCUUUUAAGCCAUUCAUUGAUCUCAAAGACUACUCUGACCGAUGUUUUUCUAAGAAAACAAGGAAUGAUGUUAGUUGAACGGCCCCCGCUCAUAGGUCCAAGUGCCAAGGAGACAACUGCAAAAGAUGGCAAAACAAGAGUGAAGAUAAUGGAGAGAAAGUCAGAUAGGAAGAUCUUGUAUGCUGAAGCAAAUGAAGAUUUCGUUGACCUCUUAUUUAGCCUCCUCACAAUCCCUCUAGAAUCGGUGUUACAACUUGUAGGAGAUAGUUACAUCAUGGCUGGAUCCAUUUUUAACUUGUUUAACGAUUUAAACACUAUAUUCUCCAUAGCCAAGCCAAAGACUCUCCAGGAUUAUGGUUGGCCUAAAAGAAUAUUUAGCUUCCUCACACACCCUUUGGGAUCUGUAUAUGAAUUUGUAACGAAGUCAAAGAAUUCCAAAAAAGUUGUUCUUCCCCCAUUUUAUAGUUGCCCAAAUGAGAUUCCAGAUAUCUGUGCUCAGCAGCCUCCUGCAUAUUGUUUAGUGACAGACUCCAGUAGCGAAAACAGGAGAUACUACUUGGAUAGUGCAAUUAACAAAAGAGAAGGGCCCCUAAAACUGUUGGAUCCAAAGUCUCCAGAACCGAACACAACGAACAGUUCGGGCUAUGUCGAGAAAAACUCACUGUUUGUUAUCACAGAUGAUCUAGUUGUUAAACCAUUAUCCUCGGUUUCUAGUAUUUCUUUACUAAAGGAAAUAGGGGUCGCAGUCGAUGAUGUUGAAGAACAAGUUAUUACCAUAGGAGGGAUUGAAGCGCUCGGUUUAUUGAGGGCUUGUUUGUGUUCAUCUUCAGCUUUGUCAGAUUUAAUGAAGGUUUAUGUCUAGCAACCAAAGCAAGAGCAAUUAUAGCAAAAGCUACAUUAUAUUAUUGUUGCAGUAUCAAGGAUAUGGAGUUGUAGUCGCCUAAUAGUCAAGGUGUUUCAGUUUCCUAAUAGUCAAGGUGUUUCAGUUUACUUUCAUGUAAUAGUACUUUAUUGUCUCAGUUCAAAACUAAAAUAUUACUUUUAAGUAAUGUUUCAUUUUCUAUCUUGGUUUUUGCUUUAGUACAAAAGAGUUUGAAUGAAAUGGCUCAAGUUAGGGA